UUGAGAGUCUCUGAAUAGCCUGUCAGUGUUUGUUUUGAAAACGUAGACCAUGUGUUCGAAAGAGCUUCGUAAUAAAGUUUUGUUCUUUUUAGAGAACAGAAAAUAUGCAAAUAAUCUCGUCGACAUACUUUCCUUAAUAGAUGGCAGUGAGAAGAAAUCACAGGCAGCGAUACUUGCAUUGGAGCUUGCAUUUUCAGAAGUACUAAAACGAGGAGACUUGCGUAAUGUGCCCCAGAGUAUUACACUAAAUGAGAGUGAUGCAGAGCAAAUAUAUAAAUUGUGGCUGCGAGAAAGAUAUGAGGAAUACUUCGACAAGUUGUUGUGGACCAUAGAGAAAGGAAAACUUGCAGCACAGUUACAAGCUCUGUCGAGUGCUGUGAAACUUUACAUUGUACUGGAAGGAAGAUACCCAUUGGAGAAUACAAUAAAUAGUGAAUACUAUUUUCCUUUGAAUAGGUUAAAGUUUAUCAUCAGCAAACUUCUGUCAAAUGAGAGGGCAAACAGUCAACUAAUUACCAGGCUACUUGAAUAUACAUCUUGCAAAGACUUCUUACAGUUUACUUGGAAGGUGCUUCCUUCAAUAGUUGUUAUGGAAAGUAAACCCAAUGAGAUUUUUCUUAAUAACUUAAUUGAAUUACUGGAUAAAAUUCCAAUCCCAAGGAAGGAAGAGGAAGGAAAAAUGACUUUGUUGCUAUACAGCAGUGAAGAACAGAACUGUUUUGUGCCUAAAACUCAACUUAUGCAGAAGUGGCUUAACAAAGUUUGGAAUUGUAUGAGCAAGUGGGAGUACUGGAAUUACUCCCCAGUAACUCAACGGCAUUUGCUUGUAGUUUUGCUUGAGAAAAUCCUUCCACAUUUGGAAAAACCACUGCUUCUUACAGACUAUUUUAUUGACUCUAUGGAUGUGGGUGGUCCUGUUAGUUUACUGGCACUACAAGGAAUUUUUACUCUCAUACAACAUCAUAAUCUGGAGUAUCCUAACAUUUACAAGAAGCUAUAUUCAUUAUUUGAGCCAGAGAUAUUCCACACUAAAUACAAGGCUCGGUUAUUCUACUUAUCAGACAUUUUUCUGAGUUCAACACAUCUUCCAGAGAACUUAGUUGCAGCAUUUGUGAAACGUCUCUCAAGGCUUGCUCUUCUGGCACCACCACAGGACAUUUUGAUCAUAUUAAGAUUUGUGGGAAACUUGUUAAUACGCCAUCCAGGCCUGCAGAUACUUGUGAACUGUAUGCAAGGACAGCAAGUGACAGGUGAUCCCUUCAUUAUGGAAGAAAGUGAUCCAGUAAAAAGCCAUGCAAUUGAAAGCUCAUUGUGGGAAAUCCAGGCUCUGCAAACACAUCAUAUUCCUAGCAUUGCAUCUGCAGCUAGGUUUAUCAACUUUCCUCUACCAUCUCUGGAGUGGGAUCUGUCAGAUGUGUUGGAGGUGUCAGCAAAUGAUAUGUUCGAAAGAGAAUUGAAGAAGAAAGUUAAAGAUGUCAUAUUAACUUUUGAAAAACCAACAUCUCUUUCAUUACCAAGUGGCGAGAGGCUGUCGGAUUAUUGGUCUCUUGUAUGAUUAUCGGGUGUUCUGGACAGGGUGACUUUUGUGACAUUGCCCGUGAGGACAUGAAGUAUAUAUAAUAGAACCUUGACAAGCAUUCCAAGAUUUUUUUUUUUUUGUCUUACACACAACGAAUUUGAGAUUGCUAAUGUGUAUUGCUAAAAACUUUGGCUGCACUUUGAUCUGCUUUUGUAUGCUUGUAUAUAUAACUUAAGUAACAGAUGUUCUGUAUUAUAUUAAAGCUUCUCAUUCACUUACACUUGUGAUUCCCAUUUUCCUAGAGAAUGAUCACCAAUCCAUUGGUAUUAUUUUUUUAAUAAUUGUAAAAUGUUAACUGAAAUGAUUUGAUAAGUUUCAGAGGUAUAUAGUUUUGCUAUUACUCUAAAAAUAUAAGAACUGUACAUGUGUUUAUUUUAGAAUUUUACUGGAGUUAUCAAUAAUAUGUGAAACUGUGCCACUGAUAUGUUUGAUGACAACUCAUUGGCACUGAACUGACUAGUAUUAAAUGUGCUAUUGAUAUGUUAACCAAAACACCACGUAUUUUAAACAAGUGAAACUAUUUCUUUGAGUUUAAAGUGUAAAUGGAAUAAUGUGUAAAACAUGUAAUAAAUUAUAUAACAUUUUAUAUAUUAUAAAAGCACAGAAUUCCUGUAACACUGCACAUAAAAUUUGCUAAGCAUUUAACUAUUUUGCAGCUGGGAGUAAUCACAGCAAGGCACAAAAACUGAAAUAAAAUGUUUUACAUGUUAGAAGCCUUAGAGUUGCAUGACUUUGCAACCAAUUUGUUAACAUACAAGUAACCUGACAAUGUCUCGGAUCAGUCAGAUGAAAAAUGGUUACAGCAUAUAGAUUUUGUAAGAUUGUGAUUUGUACAGUUGGUCAUUAUUAAUAUUUAGUUGAAGAACGGUAUAGUGCCAAGAAUAGUGGUUUGAGUAUAAAGUGUCAGGUACAAAACUAUGGAUAUUCCCUUCAGUCGUGUUGGACAACUACAUGACCCAUUUGUGGUUCCAAAUGAUGUUGACAUUGGCGGAUUUAACCCUGUAAGUUAUGUGGCAAUAAGGUCAGAUCCCUACUAAAAUUCCAAAUUUUACAUAGUAAUCCGUGUAAACCCUUCUUUGUUAUUCAUAUGCUAUGUACCAACUUUUUCUUGAGCAUGAAAGAUGGUUCCUGUCACAUAAUAUGCCACAGAUACUUUUUUUUCUUUCUCCCCUCCUCCUCUUCACCAUUUUGUGGCAUGGGUUCUAAAUGUGUCACCUUACAUAGGGCCAUAAAAUCUCAAGAAAAGCCUCCACAGUUCUGUUGCCACUUUGUCAAUACAUCCAACUCCAUCAUCCAUAAAUAUAUAUCCAUUAAGCUGCAUAAGCUAUACAGUCUCUGUAUGAUCCAAUUCCUUGAGAUAUAGUAGAUGGGACAGGUUGAAAGAUGAGUCUGUGGUAACAAUGCAUACCAACAAAGAAACAGAAAUCAGUACUACAGAAACCAAGCCUGGGGCUGAAUCUUUAAUGUCAUCCAAAAUUCUUCUAUCGUGGAGAAAAUGAACAUCAGUCCUAAGUCUCCAUCAUAAAGACUUAGAUCUGGAGAACCCCUUGCAGAUUAGUUUCUUAGUUUUUCUCAAAAUGAGAAUAUAUUUGAUUCUGAUAUGAACUGUAGGUCUUUAUCAGGAAUUAAUGCACGGUACAAACCAAAAGGGACUGACAGUAGUUUCAACACUAAAACACAGUAUAUAAAUACAGUUACCUAACACAUGGAAAUGGAAACACACAAAAGUUGAAGCUGAGCAGCUAAUUGCAGUGAGGGCAGUAUUAAACAUGGAGCUCAGUCAGGUGACACACAGGCAAACAGAACAGAAAUUUUGAAUCGUGCAGCUAUAUAUUAAAAGAAUGAAGUCAGUGUGAUUCAAUGCCGAGAAAGAUGAAAUGACUAUUUUACAUUUAAAACGUUAGAAUAAAAAUGAGAAAACUGAUAAGUCUUAUAGGAAUUUCUAGUAGAAUAAAAAUACGUUAGGAUUAAAGGAGAUGACUCACCAAAACAGAGAAGAAUUGAGUUGUCAAUGAGAACACACAAAAAAGAAUGAAAACUAGCCUUUGGAGUUAUCCUUUGAUGCGCUAGAGUAAAAUACACAACCCUCCCCCCCCACACACACACACACACACACACACACACACACUUCUGGCCCUACAUGGUGCCAGCUAGACUAACAGUGCCAACACUGUUUUGCAGCAGGUAGACUAGUUGUAUUGGGGGUAGUGUCGGAUUGGGUGGGAUGGGUAGAGGGAGAGGGUCUGGAAGAGGGUGGCUUGCAGCUUGGUGGGAGGAUGCUGGUUUGCUAGCUAGGAAUGCAGGAAGGAAUGGUGGCACAGGUAUGUGGGCUGGCAUGACCGUAGCGGCCAGUAGGGGAAGCUGCACGUGCUGAAGGUGAUGUAGGAACAUGAAUGUGGAGGGAGUGACAGGACAGAGGAAGGGUAAACUGUUGGGUGGAGAGUGCGGGGCAAUGGCCAUUCAUACUGGUGGAUAGCUAGGCAUCACCUUCCUGGACAUUGACCUCCACCUCUGUGAUGGCUCCAUCCACAACUCUGUUCACAUUAAAUCCAUGAACCAACUACAAUGCCUACAUUUUGAUAGCUGCCAUCUCACCCAGACCAAAAAAUCCAUCCCAUACAGCCCAGACACCCGCAGACAAUGAUUUGCAGUGAUGAGAACUCUCAUGCCACUAUAGAGCAAUACCCCUCAAAGCUAGCCCACAAACAGAUUUCUUGUGCCAUAUCCUCACACACCCCUAAUCCUUCUACCACCUCCCAAGAAUCAGCUGCAAUGGAGUGCCCCCAUCACCUCAUAUCACUGCGGACUGUAACAAUUGAAUUAUAUCCUUCACCAGGAGUUUGAUGAUCUCUCAUCCUGCCCUGAAAUUAGGGACAUCUUACCCAAGAUCCUUCCUAUCCAUCCUAAAGUGGUGUUCCAUCAUGCACCCAACCUACACAUCAUCCUAGUCUAUCCCUAUGCCACUUGCACUCCCAGCCUGUUGCCACAAGGAUCAUAUCCCUGUGGCGGACCAAGUUGGAAGACCUGCCCGAUCCACUCACUCAGCACCUCCUACUUCAGUUGUGUCAGAGGUCUAUCCUACCCCAUCAGAGGCUGGCCACCUGUGAAAGCAGUCAAGUCAUAUACCAUCUCUACUGCAAACAGUUUGUGUUGGUAUGACUCCCAGGCAACUGUCCACCACCAUGAAUGGCCAUCACCAUACUGUUGUCAAGAACAAAGUCAACCACUCAGUGGCACAACUUGCAGCUGAGCACAAUAUGCUCAAUUUCAGUGGCUGCUUCACAACCUGAGUUAUCUGGAUCCUCCCUUCACCACUAGCCUCUCUGAACUACACAGAUGGGGAUUAUCUUUGAAUCUCAUUCUGGCCUCAAUCUCAGGAAACCCACUGUCUCUGCAUCCCCCACCCAACAGUUUCCUCUUCCUCUGUCCUGUCCCCCCACCCAUUUCACAUCUGCAUAUCAUCUUCAGAGUGUGCCACUUCCCACUGGCUGCUACAGUCAUGCUAGCCCAUAUACCGGCAACCCCUCCCUCCUGCAUUCCUAGUGGGAAAACCGGCUGCCUCUCUCCGUGGCACCCACCACAGUCCAUCUCUCUGCCUCCCUCUCCCUCCACCCACCCCACCCAACACUACACCCACUAUGACAGCUCACCAGCCUCAAAAUAGCAUUGGUACUGAUAAUCUGGCUGACACCAUACAGGGGCAGAGACAUGCGUGUGUUUGUGUAUUUUACUCUAGCUCAUCAAAGGACAACUCCGAUAGCUAGCAAGUUUCUUUCUUCUGGGUGUACUUAUCAACAACUCAAUGCUUUGCUUCUGUUUUUUGGUGAGUGGUCUCCUUCAAGAGUGCCCAUACCUGGGGCAAGAAAGGGGCAUGCUCCCUCCCCCCCAACCCC